AACUACGUCACUUCCCUUCUGCGAAGGACAUCCGCACGUGUUGAAAACGCGACUGUUUAUAGUACCUACUUACUAAUUGAAAAUUUAGAAGCACCGUAGCACAUGACCUCAAAACAAUAGGUAUAGUACAGGUUCGCCUUCUGUCAAACUACAGCGAUGCCCAAAGUGAAAAGAUCCAGAGGUGGAGGAGCGGAGGCGAGCGGAGGAGCGAUGCCGCUGGCGGAGCAGAUCCUGCAGGCCGACACGACGCGAGGCCGAGGCCGAGUGAAGAGCAGGGACAGCCGGGCGGAAAACGAGGACAACUACGUGGACGAACGUCUCUCUCGGAAGAUCCUCCAACAGGCACGAAUCCAGCAAGAUGAGCUUCAGGCCGAGUAUGGUCUGGCCCCGGAGAAGAAGAAGACACCAGUCACUGUCCUCGGGCCUGGCUCCCAGGAUGCCGACUCCGAUGAGGAGUGGCCAGCACUGGGGGCGGCAGGUGCUGAUGAAAGCGACGUUCCGUGUGACACCGAGGUCGUCAUUGACCCUGCCGACGAGAAGGCCAUGGAGAUGUUCAUGAAUAAAAACCCUCCAUUGAGACGCACCUUGGCUGAUAUUAUCAUGGAGAAGAUUACAGAGAAGCAGACCGAGGUAGGGACAGUGAUGUCGGAGGCGUCGGGGCGUCCAAUGCCCCAACUGGACCCGAGGGUAGUAGAAGUCUACAAAGGUGUCAAUAAGGUUCUAUCUAAAUAUCGCAGCGGUAAAUUGCCAAAGGCUUUUAAAAUAGUCCCGGCACUUUCAAACUGGGAGCAGAUUUUGUAUUUGACUGAGCCUGAGACCUGGACAGCAGCGGCCAUGUAUCAAGCAACAAGAAUCUUCUCGUCCAAUCUCAAAGAGCGAAUGGCUCAGAGGUUUUACAACUUGGUGCUGCUGCCCCGAGUACGCGACGAUAUUGCAGAGUACAAGCGACUCAACUUUCAUCUCUACAGUGCUCUGAAAAAGGCCUUGUUCAAACCAGGAGCAUGGUUUAAAGGUAUACUGCUUCCUCUGUGUGAAUCUGGAACAUGUACUUUAAGGGAAGCCAUCAUCAUUGGAAGCAUACUCACAAAGUGCUCGAUCCCUGUGCUCCACUCCAGCGCUGCAAUGCUCAAGUUGGCUGAGAUGGAGUACAACGGUGCCAACAGCAUUUUCCUGCGCCUACUGCUUGACAAGAAAUACGCCCUGCCUUUCCGUGUCCUGGAUGCCUUGGUGGCUCACUUCCUGUCCUUCCGCAAUGAAAAACGUGAGCUUCCUGUGCUGUGGCAUCAGAGUUUGCUCACCAUGGCUCAGCGGUACAAAGCCGACCUGGCUUCUGAACAGAAGACGGCACUGCUGGAGAUGCUGAAGAUACAAACACACCCUCAGAUCUCUGCAGAGAUUCGCAGAGAAUUGCAAAAUUCUGGAUCGAGGGAUCUCGAAAUUGGGCUCCCUGUUACUGUUGAGAUGGACUGACGAUUUAGACUGGUCUGGUGCUGGGUUAAUCCAAACUUGUUUGUUUUUUU